UUAGAGCGAGAUUGAACGGUGUUUAUGCAUUCAUUUUAGAGAGAGAUAAAUUAGAGUCUACUUCGGAGCGUCAAUCCAGAUUGACAGUGUUAUCGGUUUCCUCUUUCCCUUGGAUAACGUCGGAGACCAAUCCGCUAGACAGGCUCCAGAGCAGAGGCCUCUCUAACUCCAACCACCCCAUAAGUCACCCUGAUAUGGAUGGAACCAACCAGCCAGCUGAGGUUAAUCAACAGUCUCCUGCCGGGCAGCAGGCCAUGGGGGGAGAUGUUGAGGAGAGCAACAGCAGUGGGAAUAGCCAGAACCCUGGAGAGAGAAAAGUCUAUGGUUGUGCUCUAGCCCAAAUGCCACCGCUGAAGCCUCCCUCCACGUGGACCUCCAUGGCGAUGAAGGAGCUCAAGUCCAAGCUGCGACUGGAGAAGGACCGUGUGGUGACAGUGAAACGAGGAAACAUUUUGACAGUGCAUGUGCCCACCGUUCCUGAGGGAAAGCAAGUGUGCUGGGAGUUUGCCACAGAUAGCUAUGACAUAGCCUUUGGAAUCUCCUUUGACUGGAACCCUGUCACCAGCCAGGCCAUCACGGUCCACAUUAGUGAAUCCAGCGAUGACGAAGAGGAGGAAAAUCAGCUAGAGGGACUUAUCAACCCAGGGGAUGUUGAGAAGGGUUCUAAAUCAUUGGCCAGCUCCAACAUAGGGGAAAUCUUACCUGUGUAUCGUCUGGACAGUCACAUGGCAGUGCAAGGUGGCAGUCACGAGUAUCCAGGCGAAGGCACUUACCUUCUGAAGUUUAAUAACUCCUACUCACUAUGGCGAAAUAAGACUCUGUACUAUAGAGUGUAUUACAGUGCCUGAGGAACUGUAGCUGUCAGCUUUUGCAUAUGACUGUAUGACUUACUAGAAUUACUUAUUUUUGAUUCAAUAUUUUUGAUUCCAUAGAACAUGUUAUGGUUAAUUAUAAGUGCAUAGAUUUUUCAUUACAAUCAGCGGAUGUUGCUCACUCCUAGUCUACACUUAAAAUCUAAGAGGACCAGAGAAGUAUGAAGUGGGACAUUUUGCUCAUAUGUUUUACUGUGUUUAUAGAGAAAGAUUUGACAUAGCCUUGUGUUUGUGCCAUGUUCUGUUUAAAAGUUAUGUGCAGUGAGUUAAGGCAAAUUGACCAUAUUUUAAAGAUAUAUAUAUAUAUAUAUAUAUAUCUUAUGUAUAUGUACAGUACCAGUCAAAAGUUUGGACACACCUACUCAUUCAAGGGUUUUUCUUAAUUUUUUACAUUGUAGAAUGUCUCUACACCUGGAAUGCUUUUCCAACAGUCUUGAAGGAGUUCCCACAUAUGCUGUGCACUUGUUGGCUGCUGUUCCUUCACUCCAAUUCAUUCCAAAUGAUCUCAAUUGUUGUUGAGGUCGGGUGAUUGUGGAGGACAGGUCAUCUGAUGCAGCACUCCAUCACUCUCCUUCUUGGCCAAAUAGCCCUUACACAGCCUGGAGGUGUGUUGGGUCAUUGUCCAGUUGAAAAACAAAUGAUAGUCCCACUAAGCGCAAACCAGAUGGGAUGUUGUAUCGCUGCAGAAUGCUGUUGUUGCCAUGCUGGUUAAGUGUGCCUUGAAUUCUAAAUCAAUCGUUGAGUGUCACCAGCAAAGCACCCCCACACCACCUCCUCCAUGCUUCAUGGUGGGAAGCACACAUGCAGGGAUCAUCCGUUCACUUACUCUGUGUCUCACAAAGACACGGUGGUUGUAACCAAAAAGCUCAAAUAUGGACAGAUCUCCACUGGUCUAAUGUCCAUUGCUCGUGUUUCUUGGCCCAAGCAAGUCUCUUCUUCUUAUUGGAGUUCUUUAGUAGUAGUUUCUUUGCAGCAAUUCGACCAUGAAGGCCGGAUUUACACAGUCUCCUCUGAACAGUUGAUGUUUAGAUGUUUCUGUUACUUGAACUCUGUAGCAUUUAUUUAGACUGCAAUUUCUUAGGCUGGUAACUCUAAAGAAAUUAUCCUCUGCAGCAGAGGUAACUCUCGGUCUUCCUUUCCUGUGGCGGUCCUCAUGAGAGCCAGUUUCAUCAUAGCACUUGAUUGUUUUUACGACAGCACUUGAAAAAACUGCAUUGACUGACCUUCAUGUCUUAAAGUAAUGAUGUACUGUCGUUUCUCUUUGCUUAUUUGAGCUGGUCUUGCCAUAGUAUGGACUUGGUCUUUCACCAAAUAGGGCUAUCUUCUGUAUACUACCCCUACCUUGUCACAACACAACUGAUUGGCUCAAAUGCAUGAAGAAGGAAAGAAAUUCUACAAGUUAACUUUUAACAAGGCACACCUGUUAAUUGAAAUACAUUCCAGGAAACCUCAUGAAGCUGGUUGAGAGAAUGCAGAGUGUGCAAAGCUGUCAUCAAGGCAAAGGAUGGCUACUAUGAAGAAUCUCACAUAAAAAAAAAAAAAUGAUUCCAUAUAUGUUAUUUCAUAGUUUUGAUGUCCUCACUAAUUCUCUACAAUGUAGGAAAUAGUCAAAAUAAAGAAAAACCCUGGAAUGAGUAGGUGUGUCCAAACCUGACUGGUAAUGUAUAUUAAUCAGACACAACAUUUCUUUGGUGGCAGCAAUUAGGGAACACUGAUAGAAAGAUGAUUGCUAGGUGGAAAGCUUAAUCGGGAGAGGUUGCUCCAAAGAACUGUAAUUUGUUUUAUUUUUUGCUUCAUAUAUGUCACUUUUUUGCCUUUUAAAAAUGUUUUUGUUUUACUUGAAUUGUAUGAUAAUCCAAAUGCAGUUAAACAAAUAUUCUACACAACAAUUCAAUAGUUUUUUUGCGUACUGUGAUUGGAAUGAGUGAUUGUCAAUGAAAGAAUAUUGAAUGUUGCUCAGAAUCCAAUGAUAAAGCAAAUGGUCACCGUCUGUCUUUAUGACACAAAUAAAAGCCAUGCCCUAUCACAAAAAGCUUUUAUGUAAUAUUGGUUCAAUAUUUACAUUGCCAAGUCCCUAUUUAGUUUGCUGGUUGUCAGACGGUGGGUUGGUCUUUGUGGACAAUAGCAUGAGACUAUUAUAAAUACUAACAGAUUCAAUCUAUUUCUAUACUGAACAAAAAUAUGAACGCAACAUGCAACAAUUUCAAAGGUCUUACUAAGUUACAGUUCAUAGAAGGAAAUCAGUCAAAUGAAAUACAUUCAUUGGGCCCUAAUCUAUGGAUUUCACAUGACUGGGCAGGGCAUUGCCCCCCCCCCCCCCCCCCCCCCCCACACACACACACACUUGGGAGCCAGGCCCAGCCAAUCAGAAUGAGUUAUUACCCAUAAAAGGGCUUUAUUACAGACAGAAAUACUCCUCAGGAUCCCCGCCCCCCCCUCCCUCCUCAGACAAUCCCAUAGGUGAAGCUGCCUGAUGGCGUGGUUACACGUGGUCUGCGGUUAUGAGGCCGGUUGGACGUACUGCCAAAUACUCUAAAGUGACGUUGGAGACAGGUUAUCGUAGAGAAAUUCAUAUCAAAUUAUCUGGCAACAGCUCUCUUGGACAUUCCUGCAGUCAGCAUGGCAAUUGCACGCUCCUUCAACUUGAGACGUUUUUAGCAUUGUGUUGAGUGACUGCAAAUUUUAGUUGCCUUUUAUUGUCCCCAGCACAAGGUGCACCUCUGUAAUGAUCAUGCUGCUUAAUAAGGUUCUUUGAUAUGCCACACCUGUCAGGUGGAUGGAUUAUCUUGGCAAAGGAUAAAUGCUCACUAACAGGGAUGUAAACCAAUUUGUGCACAGCAUUUGAGAGAAAUGAGCUUUUUGUGAGUUUGGAAAAUGUCUGGAAUCGUUUAUUUCAGCUCAUGAAACAUGGCACCAAAACUUUAGAUGUUGCGUUUAUUUUUUGUUCAGUAUAAAGUUAUGAUUUGGAUAGUCCCUUUAAAGUACAAUUUUAUGCACAGAUCUCUGUAAAAUAAGAAUUUGUAUUGUGUGUGUCUUUUCUGUGUUGUAGCUCUGUAUGCACCUAAUCAUGUUCGCAAUUUAUUUUAGCCGCCCAUACGUGGUUCCAAAAAAUAAUGUUUGUACCUCAUCCAUCUGUGUUGUGCAUGUUUCCAAAGGUACUGUAUCAUAUGAAUUGUGCUGUUAAAAUAUAAGGAACUGAAAAUAAGUAUCCCAUGGUUGCUGUGCUUUGUACUGCAUGCACUUCUGUUUCUUAUAAGCUUUCCUUUUAAAAAUAAAUCACAAUAAAGAAGAAAGAUUGUCAUUUG